UAGGUUAGUGUCGGUCUGUCUGUAGACUUGUGAGGUAGGUGUUUGUUGAGUAGAUAAGCUGAGAUAUAAUCAUUUAGCUCCGUGCAAUGGUUGGAUAAAAUAACUGUGCUUUUGUGACUUAAGUUGUAAGUUGUGUGUAUAAACAGUGGAAAAGUUUUAUGGUUUGACAGCGGAUUAUUGACAAUCUUGUCGGCGACAAUGAAACUCCUACCCUAUGCCCUGAGCCUGGCGGUUCUAUUCACCUUGACAGAACCAGCAAGAAUACUCUCAGUCAUCCCCACCCUCUCCCGUUCACACUACAUCGAUGGGAGAAGGAUCCUUCUAGAACUUGCUAAGAGAGGACACGAGAUUGUGUCCAUCAGUUGCUUUGAAGAGAAGGACGCUCCGCCCAAUUUCACUUGGGUGCAGAUAGAGAUCUCUUCGUUCUUUGAUGCGAUCCCAGACAUGAAAGAAGAACUGUACAAGAAAAUGGACUUCUUCCGAGGCCAAGAACGCCUGUGGAGGUUCACCAAUCAGCUGUCAGAAUACAUCGUCAACAAGCCAAUCCUGAAGAAGUUCAUCGAAGAAGACCAAUCACACUUCGACCUGGUCCUAGCCGAAGAGUUCUACCAAGAGGUCUUCUACGUUUUCGCCCACAAAUACAAGGCUCCUUUAGUUCUGCUGUCCACUUUCGGAUCUGGGCACUACAUCAGCGAAUACAUGGGAAAUGCUCUAGAACUUUCGUACGUGCCUCAUGAAUUUACUGACCUAUAUGGAGAGUUGGGUUUCUUGGAACGAGCUAAGAAUCUAGCCUAUACCGCUUUCGAUGUGAUAGCCAGAAAAUACUUCUCUCUUGAAGAACAGCAUUAUCUGGCUCAGAGGGUAUUCAAGAACUUGAAGGAUGUGCCCCAUGUGGCCGACUUGGAGAGGAACGCUUCGCUGAUCCUCAUAAAUUCUCACUUUACACUGGCAGUGGUGAGGCCGUAUUUGCCGAAUAUAGUUGAGAUUGGAGGAGUUCAUAUCGAGGAUGUCAAGCCUUUGGAGAAGAAACUGAAAGACGUCCUCGACGGCGCCAAGAAGGGCGUGGUCCUCUUCAGCAUAGGGUCCUUCUUGGAGCUGGCAGCCCAGCCAGAACCCUUCAUCAGAGAUGUGCUCAACACCCUGGGAAAGCUCAGCCAGGUGGUGCUGCUGAAGUGGAACUCGGAUGAUAAAAUGCCGGUCAACUACCGGAAUAUUUACCCGAUGAAGUGGCUGCCGCAGAAUGAGAUUUUGGCUCACCCAAACACCGUGGCUUUCAUAACCCACGGCGGUCUACACAGCGCCCAAGAGUCUGUCUACCACGGAGUACCAACCAUCUGCAUUCCCUUCUACGGAGACCAGCCCCUGAACUGCAAGAAAUCCGAGAAGAUGGGCUUCGGAAUCCACAUCUCCAACCUAACUGAGAGCAAUUUGAACAACGCUCUAAGAGAGAUCCUUACAAACCCGUCUUACAGAGAAACGGCGAAGGAACUGUCAAGAAGAUUCAAGGAUAGGCCUAUGUCUGCCUUGGAUUCGGCUACGUAUUGGAUAGAGUAUGUUAUCAGGCAUAAGGGGGCUAACUUCAUUAAGGGACCAAAGAGGAAUUUGUACUGGUUCCAGUAUUACUUCUUAGAUUUAUGGUUAGCCGUGCUGACGAGUUUAUGGGUGAUUCUGAAGGUGCUUAAAGCGUUGUUGAGUCUUGUGUUUGGUAAGAAAGAAGUAGUUAAGGCCAGUGAGAAGAAGUCAGGGAAGAAAGUUAAAAAGAACUAGGAGUUUUUGAUAUUGCUUGGUG